CGAUUAGUAUUUUCACGAUUAAUAACAGAGUGUGUCAUAGAAAAACUAGUAAAAACACUUUUCGGGGGAAUCGGCAGAUAAUGCAAAAUAUGCCUGCUUUGGAGCACAUAGAUGCCAUGUCCACGUCACCAACUGCACCAGCUGGAAAUCCCGCGGUAGAGGCGGACGCAGAGACACCGCCCCAGGCAGCCCGCGAACUGACUCAGACGGAUCAUCUGAACAGGCGCCUCCUGAAGUCCCUCCUGGACAACAUGCAAUUUGCCAACGGUGGAGUGUCGUCCGACAACGAGGACGGCUCCAACGAAGAGUCCAACAACGAAUUCGAAGAAUAAAUCCGUUUAUUUAUGUACAGUAAAGCUAGUGAACUAAAA